AUGAAGGGGCAGUCGUUGGCAGCAGCAGCUGCUGCUGCAGCUGCUGCUGCUGCUGCCCCUGAAUCAAAGGAGCAGCACGAGCAGCAAAACGCCUCUACAGAUUCCCAGCAGCAGCAGCAGCAACAGCAGCAAGAGCAGCAGCAGCAGCAGCAACCAGCCGGUCAUCAUGGGGAUAGUGAAUCCCAACAUCAGAAGCAGCACCAAGAUGAUGAUGAUCAGCAGCAGCAGCAGCAGCAGCAACAGCAGCAGCAGCAGCAGCAAGAUAAUUAUAGGGGAUCUAAGACAGUAUUCUCUCUUAAGAAGCCAACCCUCCUCCCUAAGUCCCUCCAUUACCGCCCGCAGACACAGACAUUUGGGGCUGAGGUAGCGCAUGCAUUAGCUUUAUGGUAUAGACAGCGUGUCUCCUCUGAGGGUAUUGUCCCUACAGAGGCGGAGAUACAGAUGCAUGCAGCAGUACUUGCUGCAGCAGAUAAUAAAAAAAAGGGAGACACAGAUGCAGCAGCAACAGCAGCAACAGCAGCAGCAGCCGGAGGAGAAGAAGAAGAAGGUGCUGCUGCUGGGUCUGGGUCUGGUGCUGCUGCUGCUGUUGCUGCUGCUGCUAUCGAGGCAGAUGCAGAUAGAACCCCACAGAAACCAGCUAAGCUUUCUCCUGCUUUUGUUGCUACUGCAGCAGCAGCAGCAGCUGCUGCUGCUGCUAGCUCGGCAGCCGCAGCAGCAGCAACGCCAGUCCUUAAGGCAGCAACCCCUAAGAUAGAUAUCUGUGGGGCGGGCCUCGAGUUGGGGCCUCCCUUACUUAAGAAGGGGAAGGAGCAGCAGCAACAGCAGCAACAGCAGCAGCAGCAGAACCAGCAGCAGGAGGAUACCCCGCAGCAGCAUUGCGAGGAACCAGCAGCACCAGCAGCAGAAACUGCAACGGUGGCUCCUUCCUCUGCUGCUGCUGCUGCUGCAGCCGGUGCAGAAGCCGUCAUGCAGAAGUCGGAAGUUGCUGCUGCUUCUGCUGCUGAUGGGGGUGCAGCAGCAGAAGGCACUGCAUGCGCUGCAUCUCCAAAGGCAGAAGAUGCUGCUGCUGCUGCUGCUGCUGGGGAGGAAGACAAUGUGAAGGGGCAGCAGCAAGAGCAGCAGCAGGAGCAAAGUAGAUCUUCAGCAGCAGCAGCUGCUGCUGCUGUUGCAGAAGCAGGCCAAGGAUCUGGUAGUCAAGAUGACCAGCAGGAGCAGGAUUCAUCGCAGCAGGAUCAGCAGCAAGAAGAUGAUGAGCAGCAGCAGGAAGAAGAGGAGCAGCAACAGCAACAGCAGCAGCAGCAGCGGCGUGUGCUGCUACGCCGCAGCAGCAGACCACCAAGACGAUCAUCACCAGCAGCAGCUGCUGCUCAAGGGCCCAACAGCCCUCGUAUACAUACAGGAAAUAAUAAUGCUUCUUAUCAUGCAGACAAACAGGAAUGGCGAGCACGUUUCUAUGUGGGCCCCAAGAGAUGCAUGCGAACUUUUAGUGCAAAACUUUAUGGCUUUGAUAAAGCAAGGGACAGGGCGCAUGCAUUUAUUAGAUAUAUACAACUACACGGGCGGCUGCCGAGUGCGUGGGGACGUCGCGGUGAGGGUGUAGAGGGGGAGGCGCCACAGCAGCUGCAACAGCAGCAACAACAGCAGCAGCAGCAUGGACCUGCGAGUCCCGGUGGCAGCAGCAGCAGCAGCAAGGGCCACAAAGGGCAGCAACAAACCCUGCGAGAUGCAGCAGCAGCAGCAGAACAGCACCGACCAGGAAAGAGGCGCUGCACUGAUUCUGCUGCUGCUGCUGCUGCUGCUGCUGCUGGUUCUCGCAGCAGCAGCAGAGAUCAGCAGGUGGCAUCGCGUGCUCAACGCCAUCAGCAGCUGCUGCUGCAGCAGCUACAGAUGCAGCAUCUCCCGCUGCAGCAGCAACAGCUGUUGCUGCAGCAACAACAGCAGCAGUUGCUGCUGCUUGUCUCGCAGCAGAAGGCAGCGACGCUGCAUGAUUCCUCAGUCGACUGGGCGGACUGCGAGGCGGGUGCAUCUAGUGAUGGCAGUGGUUUGUCUCCACUGCAGCAGCAGCAGCAGAUGAGCAGCAGCAGCAGCGAGGGGUGCGGCUUAAGCGACAGCAACAGCUGCAGCAAGACACGCAGGGGGCCCGGGGGGCCCCUUAGAAGGGCCCUUUAUAGAGGACUGGGGGGACAUCUGUCUUCCCUGGAGGAGGACCUUGUUGCCCUCCUUAACAUGCCAGCAGCAGCAGCAGCAGCAACAUCUGCUGCAGCAUUAACUGCCGCUGGAGAUGCAAAGACAGGCACGUUGUCGUCACAGCAGCAGACUGCAGCAGCAGCAACAGCAGCAGAUGCAACUGGCAUGAACGGGGAUGGAUCUCCUGCAGCAGCAGCAGCAGCAGCAGCAGCAAAAGCUCGCAGCGUCUGCUGCCGCCUAUUAACUGCCAGCAGCAACCAGAGCAGCGCCGUGCUGCCCUUCCAUGAGCAUCUUGCUGCUGCUGCUGAGGCGCAGCACAUUUUAAGCGCCAAGAUGGAGCAGCAGCAGCAGCAGGAGCCGCAGCAGCAGCAGAAUAACGGUGCAGCAGCAGCAGCAGCAGCGCCUGCAGGAGGUGGAGGCCCCUCCUCCCCCCUCUUGCUGCUGCCGCCUGAGGUAUCGGUGUUUAUGCAGCAGGCUGUGGGGUUAGUAGCAGCAGCAGCAGCAGUAUCCCAAUCUUCCCUUGCUGCUGCUUUCCCAGGCAUGCAGCAGCAGCUGCAGCAGCAACCCAACAAGCAGGAAGAGGGACAGCAGCCGCAACAGCAACAGCAGCAGCAGCAGCAGCAGCAGCAAAACGUUACUGCGGACGGUCUAUGGGACAAACUGAUGGGCUCUUGUGAGGCAACUCUUACUGCAUGCAAGGCAUCAAUAACAGCAGAGCAGCAGCAGGAACCUACUGCAGCAGCAGCAACAGCAGCAGCAGCAACAACAGCAGCAGCAGCAGCAGCAGGAGAGGCAGAAGCAGGAAAUCCAUUGUUAUUAAGGAUGGGGGGUUUGUCUUCUGUUGUUACUUCUCUUGUUUAUACAAACUUUAUUACUUUGCUGCAGUUAGCAGCAAUGUCCCAGCAGAAGCAGCAGCAGCAGCAGCAACUGCAGCAGCAGCAACAGCAGCAGCAGCAGCAGUCGUCUGACAAACAGCUCACAGGCAUCUCUGCUGUCGCGGACGGUUCAGCAGUACAACAGCAGCAACAACAGCAGAAGCAGCGGCAGCAGCAACAGCAGCAACAGCAGCAGCAGCGGCAAGCGCAGCAGGAGUUGUGGGACUUGCAUGCAGCAUUUCAAAAGUUUGUCGGGGUAUUUACAUCAGCGCUGCAGCAGCAGCCGCAGCAGCAGCAGCAGCAGCUGCAGCAGCAGCAGCAGCAGCAGAAGCCGAAGCAGCAGCAACGGCAGCAGCAAGUGGGUGACUCAGCGUCUUCCACAGCGCCAUUGGAGCAGCAGCAGCAGCAGCAGCAACAGCAACAGCAGCAGCAGGGAGAGAAGCAACUGCUGCAGCUGCUGCAGGAGCUGCUUGCCAACGGCACUGCCCCUGUGCAGCAGUCCCCUGCUGCAGCUGUAGUGCAGCAGCAGCAACAAAAGCAGCAGCAGCAGCAGCAGCAGCAAAAGCAGCAGCACGCCUUAACAGGAGCCCCUGGGGUGCUCCUGGAUGCCAACGUAAAGCAGCAGCAGCAGCAGCAGCAGCAGCAGCAGCAGGUGCCUCCUGCAUUGAUGAAGACAUCUAAGAAUCGGCGUAAUCAGCAGCAGCAGCAGGAGCUGUUAUCUCUGCUGGAGCAGCACUGUGAUCUGCUGCAGCAGCAGCUGCAGCAGGAGCAGCAUCUACAGCAGCAGCAACAGCAGCAGCAGCAGCAGCAGGAGAGAGUAUUAGAUGAUGAUAUAAGUAGCUUCUUUGCUUCCUCUGGUGUUAUUGAUGCUGCUUCCUUCCUUAUGCUGCAGCAGCAAGGGCCUCUCCCUUCAUUAAGCGAACUUAGUAGAUUCGUGCUGCACAGCAGCAGCAACUAA